AUGGUUACUCCUCUGAACAAGAAGAAGCAAAUGGUCCCUUCUCUAACCGAGAAAUGGGCUCAAUCUUUCUUUACUAGAUUCUUGAGACAGUUCAUAUCAACCGGUUGUGUAACAAUACUUGAAGAAGGAGGAUCGGUGUCCACUUUCGAAGGAAAUGAUCCGAGAUGUUCCUUGAAAUCUGUCCUCGAGAUUCAGAGUCCUAAGUUUUAUUGGAAGGUUAUGACACGGGCAGAUGUAGGACUUGCUGAUGCUUAUAUCGAUGGAGAUUUUUCGUUUGUCGAUAAGGAAACAGGACUUUUGAAUCUGAUCAUGAUUCUCAUUGCUAACAAAGAAUUAAACUCACGGAACUCAAAUCUUGCUAAGAAAAGGGGUUGGUGGACACCGAUGUUUCUCAGUGCAGGUUUAGCAUCUGCAACGAAUUUCCUAAAGCAUGUCUCUAGGCAGAACACUUUAACUCAAGCUCGAAGGAACAUUUCGCGUCACUAUGACCUUAGUAACGAGCUUUUUGCUUUAUACUUGGGUGAUACCAUGACUUAUUCCUCUGCAAUAUUCAAGUCUGAUGAUGAGGAUCUCAAAACUGCACAGAUGAGAAAAAUAUCUCUUUUAAUUGAAAAGGCGAAGAUAGAGAAGAACCAUGAGGUUUUAGAGAUUGGAUGUGGAUGGGGAACUUUGGCCAUAGAAGUUGUGAGAAAAACCGGUUGCAAAUACACCGGUAUUACACUAUCUAUUGAACAACUUAACUAUGCAGAAGAAAAAGUGAAAGAAGCUGGACUUCAGGAUCAGAUUACGUUUCAGCUCUGCGAUUAUCGUCAACUAUCUGAUGCUAAAAAAUAUGACAGAAUUAUAUCAUGUGAGAUGAUAGAACAUGUAGGACAUAAAUUCAUAGAGACAUUUUUCAGCCAUUGCGAAGCUGCCCUUGCAGAAGACGGCAUUUUUGUCCUGCAGUUCAUAUCGAUACCCGAAGACCGUUACAACGAAUACAGACUAAAUUCAGAUUUCAUAAGAGAAUACAUAUUCCCUGGUGGAUGCCUUCCUUCUUUAGCUAGAGUUACUUCAGCCAUGUCCUCUUCUUCUAGGCUAUGCAUUGAAAGCGUUGAGAAUAUCGGAAUUCAUUACUACCAUACUCUGAAAUACUGGAGGAAGAACUUCUUGGAGAGACAGAAGCAAAUCACGGAUCUUGGAUUCGACGAUAAAUUCAUAAGGACGUGGGAAUAUUACUUCGACUAUUGUGCAGCUGGUUUCAAGACUCUUACCCUUGGAGACUACCAGGUAGUGUUCUCGCGUCCGGGGAAUGUAGCUGCAUUCAGGGAUCCAUUUGGUCGCUUCUCUGAUGCUCAGACAUAA